AUGUCUCCUCUCAGAGCCAAGAUCAUGGAGCAGCAACCAGGCUCAAGAACACUUUCCUCGUUAUCGUCAUCGGCAGCAAUCUGGAAACCACAGGAAGGUGACGAGCCCGAAGAUGUCGUCUUCACCAGCCUAUACGGCCUACGGACGAUCGAACUAAACCGACCGUCGAAACUCAACCCCCUCAAUGGAUCUAUGAUCCGCAAAAUAGCGCCGCGACUCAUCGAAUGGCAGAAAUCAGACAUGGCCAACGUGGUCGUUAUGAAGGGCGCAGGGAAUGCUUUGUGCGCCGGAGGGGACGUCGCGGCUCUGGCAAAAGCAAACAUGACCGGAGAACAGGGCCAAAGGAGGUCUGAUGACUAUUUUGCGCUCGAGUACAAGCUGGACCACCUCAUCGCGACCUACCAGAAGCCGUAUAUCUCCUUCAUGGAUGGAUUUACCAUGGGCGGAGGCGUUGGCCUCAGCAUUCAUGCGCCAUUCAGGAUAGCGACAGAGCGCACUGUUUUCUCGAUGCCCGAAACCACGAUUGGCUUCUUCCCCGACGUCGGCGCUUCAUUCUUCUUGCCACGCAUGCCCGGCGCGGUGGGCACCUACCUUGCCUUGACAAGCGAGCGACUCAAGGCGGCGAAUGUGCUCUACGCGGGUAUCGCCACACACUACCUGCACUCCACCACGCUUCCGAUGCUCGAGCAGCGGCUGGCGGAGCUUAGAUUCAGGGAUUUCGACAGUCUGGAGAAGCGACUGUCGCUCAUCAACGACGCCAUCGAGGAAUACUCCACUGGAUUACCACAUGACCAACCGGUCUUGCUGGGAGGCGAGCUGCGCAAGGCCAUCGACCGGUGUUUCUCGAAGCCCACGGUCAACGAGAUCGUGCGCGCCCUGGAGGAGCAGCCGGAGGGCCCGUUGAAGGACUGGGCGAACAAGACUAUUGCGACUCUGAGGGCAAGGUCACCGACGUCCGUCCACGUGACGUUGAAGCAGAUGCAACAGGGCCGGCAGUGGAGCAUUGCCGACACGUUCAAGCGGGAGCACCAGAUCGCUGCCAAGUUUAUGCGGCACGGUGACUUCACCGAGGGCGUGAGGGCACAGCUCCUCGACAAGGACAAGAACCCUAAGUGGCAACCGGCCAGCCUGGACGACAUCCAGGAAGGUGACAACAUCACGCAGCCGUUCUUUGAGAUUUCACGCGACGUGGCACCUCUGCAGCUGUUGACGGACGAGGACUACGUCGAGUACCCAUGGAGGAGAUUCGGCAUCCCGACAGAGGACGACGUGAAGCGUCUGGCUACAGAAAAGAGCUACACGCAGAACCAGAUCGUGAACGCCUUUUCUGCCCAGAGGAAUGGCAAGCAGGGCGUGCGGGAGGUUGUGAGCGAGAUUGUGGCGCGGAAAACAAAGGUGAUCCCGGGGAACAACAUUGCAAAAUGGGUGGAGGAAGAGGAGCAGAUAGACUCUCAGUCGUAG